AUGAAUGCUGCCUUGAAUCGGUUCAUCUCUCGGUCAGUGGAUAGAUGCAGACCCUUCUUCCUAUUGUUGAAUAAAUGGAAGGGAUUCGAGUGGACUGAGGAGUGUGCCUUGGCCUUUCAACAACUUAAGGAAUACCUUUCUCGGCCACCUAUCAUGUCUAGGCCUAAGGUGGACGAGGUCCAGUUUGCUUACAUUGCUGUGGCCCCUUAUGCUGUGUUAGUGCGAAUUGAUAUUGGUAUACAGAGACCAAUUUGUUAUGUGGGCAAGUCAUUAUAUAAGACCGAGGUCCGUUACCUGCCACUGGAGAAGGCCAUUCUGGCGGUGGUGCAAGCUACACGUAAACUCCCCCACUACUUCCGAUCACAUAUAGUUGUCAUCCUGACCCAACUUUCGCUUAGGUCUCUACUUUGGAGCACUGAUUACACGGGGAGGAUUGCCAAAUGGGGUACAAUCCUAGGAGCUUUUAACAUUAAGUACAUGCCUUGCACCUCUGUUAAGGGUCAGGAGCCCUUAUCUUGGAAGGUAUAUGUUGAUGGUGCAGCAAAUCAAAAGGGGUCUAGAGUGGGGCUAGUUCUGGUAUCUCCUAAAAAGAUCACUAUUGAGAAAUCAUUAAGGUUGGGCUUCUCGGCUAUAAACAACGAGGCUGAAUAUGAGGCUCUGCUGGUGGGUAUGGCUGUGGUUCAAAAAAUGGGCAGAAAGGCAGUAAAGAUUUUCUCGGAUUCAAGAUUGGUCGUAGGCCAAGUGAGGGGAGAAUUAGAGGCAAGGAAUAGUGGAAACACAUAUGCUAAUUCUCUAGCCACUCUUGCAACCUCCUCAGCACAGGGCUUACCUCGGGUCAUCCUCGGUGAGGACUUGUGCAAGCCCACUGAAGUAGAGGGAGAGGUGGUCCAUGUUCACCAGGUUAGGGUAGGACCUAGCUGGAUGGACCCCAUGGUGCUAUUCUUAAAAGAGGAUAUAUUGCCCAAAGAGAAAUCAGAAGCUGACAAGGUACGGAGAAAGGCUCCUCGGUUCUGGCUAUCCGGGGACCAAAAGUUGUACAAACGCUCAUUUUCUAGGUCAUACCUGCUAUGCAUAUACCUUAAGACAUCAAAGCUACUCCUUAAGGGGUUACAUGAAGGGAUUUGUGGAAGCUACACAGGAGGCAGAUCUUUGUCUCACAAAGCCAUCACUUAG